CUAUUGUUUACUAUAUAAAAUUUGAUCUUGGUAUUCUAAUUUAAUAUUUAUUACCAAAUAUUAAAUAGAAAGCAAUAGCUUUUUUUCAUUUAUAAUUUAAAUGUUUGGAUAACUUUAUAAAAUGGAUGCAAACACUACUAAAUCGUACUGGAAUGAUAUUGUCUUAGCUUUUCCAAUAUUAUCGAAAAAUGAGAAUUCUGAAAAAUGUGAUGAUGAACAAUUUCUCGUAAUAAAAAAAAUUAUUGUAGAAAAUAAACUAAUAAGUUUUGUUCAUGGAAUGGUAAUGCAUACAAUAAAACAAGAUUUGAUGUGUAAAAUUAAUGAUUUUUGGCUUUAUUUUAUGCCAUAUGAUGUUAUUGAAAUAACUAAUCUUUCAACACAUUAUGAUGCACCUGGAGAUUUUAGUGGAUUUGAAAAAUUUAAAUAUGCAAUUGAUGAAUUAUUUAAUUUAGCCCAAUCAUACGUUGAAACAAUAAACCGCCUACAGAUGUUAUUUGAAAAUAAUAGAAUAAAUUUGUUAAAAAAUCUGAAUGCUCAAAUUUGUGCUCUUAUACAUUCUCAACUCCCUAGCGAUUACAAUACAAUAAUCUAUCAGUUUUACAGAGUUGCAUUAAAAGUCUUUACCAAAGAUGAUAUUAUUGGAGAUAAAAAAAAUACAUCUAAAGAAGGAGCAUUUCAUUGCAAUGGUUGCUGUUCUGAAUUAAUUUCUUGUAAAUGCGAUUACAUAUUGGAAUCAUUCCAUUUAACUAACUGGCAAUUGAUCACUAUUGGCAUUUUAGAACCAUUAGCUGGUGACGUAAUAAUGGAUUUAAUACAUCAAAAAAUUGAAACAGAAGUUCAAGAAAUAACUAAAGAAAAUUUUGGAGAACACCAUAUAUCAGCUUUAGAAAAAUGGAUAGAUACAAAUGUUUAUAACUGGAUGAAAUAUAUAUACAAACCGAAAUGUAGCACAACAAAAACUAUAGAAGAUGCUAAUUUAGCAAUAUUUAUGAGGAAACUUAAACACCUACUUUAUGAAUCAUAUACUAGAACAAGAAUUGAUCAAUUAUUUAACAUUAUAAUUGAAUACCCAGAUUCAGAACCAGCCGUUGUUGACCUAUCAUCAACAUUACAAAAGACUGAUUUUAAACCUGAAUUAUGUAAAAAAUUACAAAAUGCUUUACAUAGUAGAUUAUUGCAUCCGGCUGUGAAUACCAUUGAUAUUAUAACCGCUUAUACUGCUGCAAUUAAAGUAUUAAGAAAAAUUGAUCCUUGUGGGGCACUUUUGCAAGAAGUUACUCAGCCAAUAAGAGCAUAUUUGCGAAGUCGAAAGGAUACAGUUCGAUGUGUAAUGACCACUCUUACAGAAGAAGGUCAUUAUCUCACUGAUGAACUAGUGAGAAAUGAAAAUGUUUUAGAUGAAGAUGAUGUUUGUGAAGAAGAAAGUAUGGCAGAAUGGGCUAAAUGGGUGCCAGAUCCAGUAGAUGCUAAUCCAUCUAAAUCUUCUAAACGUUUCCGUAAUUCGGAUACUGUAUCGAUGCUUGUCGAUAUUUAUGGUACUCGAGAAUUAUUUGUUAAUGAAUAUAGAGCUUUAUUAGCUGAUCGUCUUCUUACACAGUUUAUGGACAAUAUAGGUGAUGAGAUAAGAUACUUAGAAUUACUAAAAUUGAGAUUUGGAGAUUCAUUGUUACAUUCAUGUUCUGUAAUGUUAAAAGACGUAUAUGAUUCUAAACGUAUUAAUCACCAUUUAUAUUCUGAUCCAACUUCAAAUUUAUCAUCUAAUAAUUUAAAUAAUAAACUUGAGUUUCCAGUUAGAGCUAUUAUUGUAUCUAAUCAAUUUUGGCCUAAUUUCAAAGAUAAUUUUAAUGUAGAGUUACCUUCAGUUAUUCAAAAGCACUUGGAUAACUAUACAAAAGCGUUUGAAUCAUUUAAAGGUAAUAGAACUUUAAAUUGGAAGCCUAAUCUUGGAAUAAUCAAUAUAGAUUUAGUGUUAAAAGAUAAAACAUUGAAUUUUACUGUUUCACCAAUUCAUGCUACAAUUAUAUGGCAUUUUCAAGAGCAAGAGGAAUGGACUAUUAAUGACUUAAGUAUAAAAAUGCGUGUACCAGCAACAACCUUAAGACGCCGUAUAGGAUUCUGGCAAAACCAAGGUUUGUUAAGAGAAAAGUCUUUUGACACCUUUAUUUUUGUGGAAGAUGGUAUUCCAACUACAAGCAUUUCAGGAAAAGGUAAUCGAACAAGUUUUGUUGGUCGUAAUUCUGAAUUUGUUUAUGGUGAUGAUGAUGAUGAAAUGGAAAGUGCUGUGGCAUCUGCUCAAGAUCAAAGAGAAGAAGAAUUACAGGUGUUCUGGUCAUAUAUUGUGGGUAUGUUAACAAAUCUGGAUUCAUUGCCAUUAGAUAGAAUUCAUCAAAUGUUGAAAAUGUUUGCUACUCAAGGAACUGGUGUGGAUUGUAGUCUUACACAACUUCGUCUUUUCCUUGAUGAAAAAGUCAAACAACAUCUUUUAAUUUUUACAGGAGGUCGUUAUAAACUAUCUAAAUAAUAUAAUUUUUAUGUUAAGUCUGUUAAUUAUUAGUAAAAUUAAAACUUUUAUUUUUGAAAA